AUUCUGCAGUCUUGUUUUGAUAUGCUACUACUGUUUACUAAGAUUCUGCAACUUGCAAAUGUAGCCAGUUUUCUUGUCGAGAAUUGGGUCUUCUGAUGCAUUUACUCAUGGGUUUAGGGUUUACUUGGAUUCUAUAUUCUCCAUUUGACUCUUUACUGUUGAUUCAUUGUUGUGGAAUUGGUUUUGCAUUUUCUUUUAUAUUUGUUCUAGCUGCAUUUAUGGGAUUCUUGUUCCAUUUGUUUUGUGGCUUACUUCUUCCUCCUCGUGUCUAGCUUCUUGAAUAGAUGUUUUGUAAUAGUGCUUGUCUAUCACGUAUGAGAUUAAAUUUUCAUGUUGGCUGCCUUUAUGAAGCAUCCGGGCGCCAGAAUAUAGAUUUCUGAUGGGAUUAGAGACAUUGAAGCUUAUGGGUUUCUGAGUUCUUGACAAACUAAUUUGUUUGCUUCAAUCUCGAAGUUUCAGCUUCUGCUAAUCAAGAUGUCGGCUCAUUUAUCGUUUUUCACACCUUCUGAUACUCGAAACUCAUUGGGAGUGUCAGCUGUGGUGGGAGGAAGAAUUUUUACAGAGAGCCGUAUUGUUAAGGUUUCCUCCCCGAAGCUGUUUGAUGAAAAGAAUGUACUUUUGGGUGCCAGCCAUAAGAUCAGCUCUGGUUUCACUCAUAUUAGAUGUAUAGCCAGUUCCAACAAUGUCAGCCCAUAUCAUAGUAAAGACUCUUUUUUAAAUCUACAACCUGAGAUAUCAAUGCUGAGAGGAGGUGAGGGAAAUGAUACGGUUACUAUUUCAAGAAAGGAAAACUCAAGUAGCAUUGUAACUGAGAGCUUAAAAGACUUGCCCAGCCAGGAUAAUUAUAAUGAAGCUAAAAUCAAAGUCAUCGGUGUUGGGGGUGGUGGCUCAAAUGCUGUUAAUAGAAUGAUUGAGAGUUCCAUGAAAGGUGUGGAUUUCUGGAUAGUUAAUACUGAUGUUCAAGCCAUGAGGAUGUCGCCUGUGUUUCCUGAGAAGCGCUUGCAAAUAGGUCAAGAGCUGACAAGGGGACUUGGUGCUGGUGGAAAUCCAGAUGUUGGCAUGAAUGCUGCCAAGGAAAGCAAAGAAGCAAUAGAGGAGGCAGUCUAUGGUGCAGACAUGGUUUUUGUAACGGCGGGAAUGGGUGGGGGAACUGGUACAGGUGGUGCCCCAGUAAUUGCAGGAGUUGCAAAAUCAAUGGGUAUCUUGACUGUUGGUAUUGUUACAGCACCUUUCUCUUUUGAGGGGCGAAGGCGAGCGGUACAAGCACAAGAAGGAAUUGCAGCUUUGAGAGAAAAUGUUGAUACAUUGAUUGUCAUUCCAAAUGACAAGUUAUUGACUGCCAUUUCCCAGUCUACCCCAGUAACUGAAGCUUUUAACUUGGCUGAUGAUAUACUACGGCAAGGAGUUCGUGGUAUCUCUGAUAUAAUUACGGUUCCUGGUCUGGUUAAUGUUGAUUUUGCUGAUGUGCAAGCUAUCAUGGCAAAUGCAGGUUCUUCUUUGAUGGGAAUCGGAACAGCAACUGGCAAGACCAGGGCUAGAGAUGCUGCAUUGAAUGCCAUCCAAUCACCUUUACUGGACAUUGGUAUAGAAAGGGCCACUGGAAUUGUGUGGAACAUCACAGGCGGAAGUGAUUUAACUUUGUAUGAGGUAAAUGCUGCUGCAGAGGUGAUAUAUGAUCUUGUGGAUCCAAGUGCGAACUUAAUUUUUGGAGCAGUUAUAGAUCAGUCACUCAGUGGUCAAGUAAGUUGGGAUUUUCUGGUGUUGCAUCUUUCUAGUACUGAUAGCAUAAACCACUGAGAAAUGGUGAUAUAGAUCACAGUACCAAGAAAAUACAUCUGUUACAUAUUGACCUUGACUCUUUGUUUAUAAGAUCCGGACAGACACAGCUAUUUGAAUUACAUAAGUAUUAAAGAUUGGGAGUUCCAUCCA